AUGGCGCCCCGACUGACGCUAGACUCGUUACCGGUAGAGCUCGUCCACGCCAUCGCCUUUGGCUCGAACGUGCUCGACGUGCGCGACAUUGGCGCGUUGGCCAUGACCUGCUCGGCCAUGAACGCAGCUCUGGCGGGCGAUGGCUACAGCAGAUCGCGGUGGCGGGCAAGACUUGGCCUACAUGCAUGCGGUGAGCGGAGCUGGUGGCGAUCGGCUCGCCGCGCGCUGCACGAGCACAGAUUUGACAUCGACGCCACGGUCCGCUGGCAGGUCCGGGUCCAAUCGUCGGAGCGGGCCGUGACUCGCGACGAGCGGGUGGCAACACUGUGGGGGACUCUCUCCUCCCGCGAUGCAUCUAGCUCUUGGCCAAAGAACAUCGUCGACGACGAAGCUGAUGAUGAGCUCCGAUACCGCCUCAUCGCCGACCUGCUCGCCGCCGAGCCGGGCCUGCCGGCAAAGAUGCUGCGCGCUGCGACGCGGAUGGCUGUUCGCAAAGGCGACGUCGAAGCCACAGUUAUGCUCCUCGAUCAUGGGCGAGUGGCUGAUGCCGAGUUGCUGCGGUAUGUGCAGACGCGAGGAGACCGCGAAGUCGGCGACGAGCUCGUCGAUGUGCUGGUGAACAACCCCGGAGUCGACGUCGACGUGGCGGGCUGGACCGCGCUGCUGCGGGCAGGGCGAGUGGCGGCUGCGCGGUAUGUUCUUGCGCAUCCAAAAUCCCAUGCUGCCCUCAUGGUACCCGGAACGGUUGAUGUGGUGGUGACUGCGCUCCGCGCCUGCAGCGUUGUCGACGAUUCUGACGCCGCCGCCACCAUCCUCGCCCUCGCGCAGCACGCCAUGUACUCGCCAACUAACGCGGACUUGGUAGCCGUGAGCAGCUUUGCUCCGCUAGCCCACGUCCAGGCCUUCCUCGCCGCACACCCGUACCUCGAACUGACCUGCCGUGCUGCGUCGACCGCCGCGCGCGCCGGCAACGUUGACGUCUUUCGAUGGAUCAUGUCCGAGGGCGUGGCGCCAACGUCCAACAUCAUCUACGCAGCCAUCCGCGGCGGACAGGCUGUGCUCGCCGACGAGCUCAUUACCGAGCUCAAGUUUCGUCCCUCGCAGUACUGCCUCAAAGAAGCUGUGCGUGCCAACCACUCUGCUGUCGUUGAUCUUCUUCUCGCCAAGUACGCCCUCUGUGCCUCUGACGAUCUUUUGAAGACCGCAGCCCGCAACGACUCAGCAUCAGUCGUCGCCGCUCUUCUCCGCGAUGACUCGUUUGCCAUCACACCCGCUGCGGUCCGCUUUGCCGCGUUUUCCGACGGCCCGUAUCGUGCGCUGCUGGCCGCUGUUGCCCAGCCGCGACUGGCGCCGACAUGCCUCCCGCGGCAUGUUGCAGCUGCGCUCCUUGCUGACACCGUCGAACCAGACCUCUUUCUUAUUGUCCGUCACUUGUUUGCUGUCCUCGGCCACACUGACAACGUAGUCGAGCUCUUUGAUGCGCUCGCUCGUCUGAUGCAGCCCUCUGCCGCCGAUGUCCGCGACGCUAUGCUCUCGUUUGCGUCGCACAUGGCUCCCAACACCAUGUUCUGGGCCGCUCGCAUGCGCUUUGACGAUGUCUCGAAGGCACUGCAGGAAUUACUGGCGCCAGACAUCGCGUGAGCAGGUCAGGGGGGGGGGGCGUUCAGCGCCUCCUCCCGUCCGCUCCGCGUUUCAAGUUGAUCAUCCGCCCAACACCCUCGCCCGCCAUCUACCCCCAUUGAUGGCUUUCUUGCGCCACACACGUCCCUCAAAUACAAGUGUUCACUUCCAUACCCCUUGCCUAAACUAGUGCAUCAUUGCCUG